AUGAAUGGGGUGGGGGUGGCAGACGGUAGCGCGACUCACGCAGCAGGUGGUGAGAAUGAAGGUGUUGAGGUAUCAGACGACGAGGAGGACGUCAGUUCAGAUUCGGAGGGGGAGAGAGAAGAGCAGCCGAUGGAUGCAGGUGCUGGUGUCCAACAGGCAGUCCCAACAGUACUCCGUGAAGUAUUUGGCGAGGCAUUUAACGGACUCAGCACCUCAGGAACCAAUGGAAACAUGCGCUCGGGGGGUGUGGGGUUAUCAAAUCCAACAACAGCUGAGAGUGGGGGGUUGGGGGAGAGGGGAGGUGUAUCCGAGAGUGGUGGAUUGGGGGAGCGGGGAGGAGCGUCCGAGAGCGAAGCAGGGAGGGGAGGAGCAGGAGGGGGUGGGGCAUGGAGGAGAGGAGCAGCAGAGAGUGGGGCGGGGAUGGCAAGAGCAGAGAGUGGGGCGGGAAGGGCAGGAGCAGCUGGGAUCGUGACAGGGAGGGGAGGAGCAGGGAGUGGGACGUGGAGGGGAGGAGUAGCAGGGAGCGGGGCAGGGAGGCCAGGAGCAGAGAGCGGGGCAGGAAGGGCAGGAGCAGCCAAGAUCGUGACAGGGAGGGGAGGAGCAGGGAGUGGGGCGGGGAGGGGAGGAGCAGGGAGAGGGGCGGGGAGGGGAGGAGCAGGGAGUGGGGCGGGGAGGGGUUUAUGGUAA